CGACAGGGACAGUUUAACAACGGUUGCUAAAGGGGCCUGAAUUCACCGGCAAAAGUAGCGUAGAUUGACUUUACGACGUUACGAAGAACCGAUCUAGCCUUGGAGACUCUUCUAACCCCAAGGUCACGUUGUUUUCACUGAAGUGACCCACGCAAAAAUUUUAAACGGAUAAGAAACAAGUGGCAACCUCUGUCGCUAUGGCGAAGAGGUGCAAAUGGAAACGAUGUUCUCCUGACAGGUUUAGAGUCAUUUGAUGUCUCAGCAAUGGUGAAGAUGCCUGGUUCUAACACGUGUGGCACGGAUUUCGUGUAUGAGGUGUUAAUCUAACCGAACAAUACAGAUGGAGUUUGCCUUUAACAUCAAUGACUUGUUACUCGAUCCAAUUACACUCGUUGACGACAAGUUAGCUCCAUUUCGGUCGCGAAUUAAAAAUGACAGGUAUGAAUUUGCAAACAAGCAAUCUCAGCUAAAGACAGUGAUUGAUCACAUGGGAGAAGCUUCCACUAGGGCCCAAGGUCUGAGAGCUCCGAUUACAAGUGCAAUGAAACUGCAACAUUCAGAUCACAAGCUCUAUAUUAUGAAGGACUCAGCAGCAAAUAAUGGCCAAGGAGCAGUUGUGGGGAUUCUCAAAGUUGGUCAUAAAAAGUUGUUUUUAAUGGAUAUGCAAAGUGUGCAUUAUGAAGUUAAUCCUCUGUGUGUACUGGAUUUCUAUAUCCAUGAAUCUCGUCAGAGAACUGGUUGUGGCAAAAGGCUGUUUGAACAUAUGUUGAAGAUGGAAGGUAGAAUGGUUUAUCAUUUGGCUAUUGACAGACCAUCUCAUAAGUUUGUAUCUUUUCUAAAGAAAUAUCAUGGCUUCAAAAAUGCAAUACCACAGGCAAACAACUUUGUGAUUCAUGAACAUUUCUUCUCGGAUCUGCAGGCUGUUGGUCAUGUACCACGUCGAAGUCAUCGCCUUGCCAAUGCCAGUCAGUCAGAGAGGCCCCCAGUUCAUCCAUACAAAAGAACAAGUCAAACUGGUGACACUCCACCUCUGCUACCGCGGCGUCAGUGUUCUUCCAGUCGUCAGUAUAGUCGACCGAACAGUGGCAAAGAGUGUUCAUACGACACUGUACACAGCGUCGAAUCGGAGCCAUCAGCCUUGCAGCAAGUAAACAAUUCACUGCAAGACAUCAAUCUUCCUUCAAUAGUGCCCAAGCCUUCAUCACGAAACUCGGCACCAGGUUCACGGGGUUCCUCCGCGGGCCGGAGAUCUACGACAAGGGCGAUGGAGUUAGGAACACCAGAUGCAACCAAUCGCGUUCCCUCUGAGGCUUACAACGCGUCACGUGGUUUGGCGGCUCGCGCUACUUCGUACAGCCGCCACUCGAGCCGCGGGAACUCAGCUGACUUUCCAAAGACGAAAAAAGACGUCGUAGUUACGGGCACGAAAGUGAAUAAUAACUUUUAUAGGAACAAUAGCGGAGGAAGAGCACGUUCCCUGCAUCUCACUUCAGUGGAAAAUCCUUUCCUGGAACAGGGAGCAAUGGAAAAAACUUUCACACAGAGGAAACAAGAAAGAACAGAAAUGCAGGAACAAAUUGCCUCGACAAGAUUUUCGUCACAAGAAGGCCCACAGGAUCAGAACUCCUAUAUCACUGACAAAAAAGAAACAUCACAAGCAACACAACGAAGUGGAAUAACACCAUCGGGAAAUUUUACCGUGGGCACAAUGUUUAUGGCCCAUUUUGGUAACAGACCACCAUUCAUUGGAAGCUCCUGGAAUAUUUUUGGGGUACCGACCUAUAUGAAUAAGGACUCUAAUUCAGCUCCUUACGCGUACACGAGACGAACACAAAGUAGACACCACCCGUUUUGAGGAGUACACGUGUACAUAAUGCCCUCAUUGCUAAUAUCGGAUUGGUUACGCCGCCAUGGGAAACACAUCUUAAGUAGUCAAGGAGCUACGCAGUAGUGAUUACCUUUGAGUCUCCGGGUUAACCUUCGCAAUCCUGGCUCUUCAUUGUUUUUGUUUUUUUUGUUUUUUUUUUUUUUUACUGUCCGUUCAGAGUUUUUUUCCAACUAACUUUUAAAUAAUCGUCUGCCAAUGAAGAGCAAUUUUUUAAUUAAGUGUCGAAAGCAAUCCGAGAUAACUUCGGUUUUACUUGACUUUGAGUUUACCUUGGUUCCUGAUGUUUUCGUUCCGUCUGAUUUCUGUUGUCAUCAAUGUUAAAAAUUGGUUUUACGACACACUCAAAAUGUGCUUAAACCUGGUCAAUUUAUAUAAUUAAAAUUAUGAUAGUUUUUUUAACAAUCAGGAUCCAUAACAUGACUUCAUGUUACCAAAAGCCGCAAAGGUUGAGUGAGAGCCUCUGACCCGGCAUCUUUCCAUAGGCAUCCCCCUUUUCCCUGCCCCUGAGCAAGUAGAGGAAACGUUGCAAUCUAACUCCGCAUCGCCGCAUACCCAGUUGACAAGUCAUGGCAAAUUAAACCCUUAUCAAACCUAAAUUGAUAUGAUAUACAUUGAACUUCUCCCAUUGAAAAGACAUCCAUUGAAAACUUUCUCUUGAUGUAAUCCUAGAUCUCUCUAGCUUCCCUUGGGAAUUAAAGGUGGAGGGGGGGGGGGCAUUGGGAGUGUGCAAGAUGAUUUAAUGUGAGUUUUUUGAGUUUGUGAUCCAAUCCAUAUCGCAUCUAUAUAUCUAUAUUUUUUCCUUACUUCUUUUCAUUCGUAAGCAGUAAGUAUUUCCGUUCAUGUAUAUUGGGUUAAACAUGUGAAAAUAUAUAUAUAAAAAAAAAAAAGAGUGAGAAAUUAAAUCUGGGAUGACUUUUUUGUCGACGGACGCAGUGUGUCUGCUCCAAAAGUAGCAUUUGUGUGUAAUUUAUGUAUAACCCCUUAUAUACCCUCGGUGAAAGUGUUGUUUCCACUUUACUGGUAAUUUGGCUAGCGUGAUCAAAUGCAUGCUUAUUAAAAAAUGAAAUAUUUUCUUACAA